AUGAUGCACCCUCUGCGCAAGUGUCUGCCUGUUUAUCUCCUCAUAUGUCUUGGACUUCAUCAUGGUAAGAAUUUUACAUUUCUUAAUUUUUCUCAAAAUCAAAAAUAUUCCUGUCACUCAUCUUUUUUUAUUUCUACAUUCACAGCUCUGGGCAGUGAAAUCAUACAUGGUCAAAAGGUCCCAGAGAACCAAAUGCUGUAUAUGGCCUCGUUGCAGAAUGAUGCAGGUAAACAUGUCUGUGGAGGAUUUCUGAUCAGGGAAGACUUUGUGCUGACUGCUGCACACUGUGCCAAAUGGUAAGUAACAACAACAACAAAAAAAUAGCAAACCAGGCUAACAUUCAACAAAAACAUGGACUAGAUUUGAAUACCCCGUUUAUUUCCUGGUUAUUUAUUUUUGCAUGCUUUUGAAAGUCUCUGUUAACCUUUCCAUGUUGACUCUUACAGGUCACCCACAAGUGUUGUUCUGGGCACCCACAAUCUCAGGAAGGUUGAUAAUAAUGCAAUGAGAAUCAGAGUGGACACAUGCAAGCAUCCAUCUUAUACAAAUAUCAGUUCUGGCCAUGACAUCAUGCUCCUCAAAGUAAGUAUAUUCUCAAUCUGUCCUACAGUUCAAGGGAAACAAUUGCUUUUAAAGAAAAAAGAUAACCUUUUAGUGUUUUCAUUAGUUAAGCCCAAGAUGGUCAAAACCAAAGUGUCACUUGUUGCUCUUUUUCACCCUGGUUUAUGAAACUGGGGUCAGCAGGAGGACAAGACAGUUCCUCUAGAAGGUUGCAGAAGUAUGAGAGAUUUGGUUCAUGGGUGUAUUUCUUUCUGAUUUUACCUUCUUGUGUCUCCAGCUAUCGAAGAAAGCCAAGCUGGGCAAAAAAGUGCAACUGGUUCAACUCCCAAAAUCUGGCUUCAAAAUCAAAAACAACGCGAAGUGUCGUGUCGCUGGUUGGGGUUACACAAAAACUGCUGGUAAUUCAGUUGAUGAGCUUCAAGCAACUGAUGUAAAAAUAGUUAACCAGAAGACUUGUAAAAAGGAAUGGAAGAUUGGUAAAGUCAAACUCCCCGCCAAUAUCAUCUGCGCAGGUGGAUUUAAGACAACAAAUGGAUUCUGUAAGGUAUGUUUUCUGUUUCAUUGUGGAAAAUACAAUGUUUUAAGGUUAAAUGGUUGUAGAUAUACAAACUGGAAUAUCAGCUGAAGCUUGCUCUUCUCCGCAGGGUGAUUCUGGAGGCCCUCUGAUGUGUGGUGACAGGAUGGCUGUUGGUAUUGUGUCUUUCAACAAGUGGGGAAACUGCAGUUACCCAGGUGCUCCCAACAUCUACACAAAUAUACUGAAAUACCUUCCUUGGAUCAAAAAAAUACUCAAGCAAGGCAAAUGUGUUGAUCCAGCAUAAACUUAAUGUCUUCUGUUAUGCAACUCUUUGGCUGAUACUGCUGAGCUGACUUAAGAUGUACUCUUUAAUUUACAUCAUGCUUUCUGUCUUCAUGAAUAUAAUUUUACUGUAUUGUUUCAUCUCCCAAAAUUAAUUGUAAAUCUGUUUGGAUGCUGUGAAUUUUCAAAUUUCAAGAGGAACUUCGUGUCUUUUGUUUGAAAAGACAUGUCAAAGUAAGGUUUUUGUCCAUAUGUUCUUUGUGUAUUCAAGUCUUUUUCAUGCCUUUGCAGAAGAAUAAAUAAACUUCCAAUGUUAGCCAAAAUGAAUUGUUACUGGCAUGUUAUUCAGACAUUAAAGGGUCAGUUAAAAAACCAUAUCAUGCUGCUUCUGUGUCUCAUGAAAUGGGGACUCCAGAGCCUAAGUUUGAACAGAAUCUAGCCAGACGAACAUUUGGUAAUAAUAACAGUGAGAACAUUGAAGGUCAACAUACUUUGCACAAACGUUUUAGUGGUUUGUGCAGACCAACACCCAAAGAAAACUUUAUUCUGUGUUGAUCUAGUUAGAGUUACUUGAUGUGGAGCAGGGUGGAGAAAAUCUAUCGUCAGUAUUAUUAUUAUUAUUAUUAUUAUUAUUAUUAUUAUUGUUAUUAUUAUUAUUGGUGGUGUUGUCGUUAUUAUUAUUAUUAUUAUUAUUAUUAUUAUUAUUAUUAUUAUUAUUAUUAUUAUAAACUAACAUUAAUAAUGAAACCAAUACAUCAAGCAUUGUCUGGUGGCUCUAAGGAUCUGUGGGAAAAGUGUGUUUUCAGCAACACUCCACUAGAGGGGGUACUAUGUUUCUUAAGAAUGAGGCCUCAUGCCUGAGUGCCAAUCAUAAUCUCAAUGUGCUGGUAUCAGUUUCAUCAGUAAGACCUUGAAUGGCUCCAUCAACAUGAUUAGUUUUGCAACUUGACAGAAACUGGACUGUAGCCAAGAGACACAAUAAUCCUCAAUUUACCCCACCCUGCAAACUGGUGUUUUCCUACACGUUACCAAAGACUAUAAUCACAAUACAUCAGGUACAUUUAUGUGUGUGUUUUUGACUGAUAUGCAGUGGCUGAAUUAAAGAUCUGCACGUUUUUUUGUGCUGCAAUUUCAAGUUACUGUAUUUAGGACAUCUGAGACAUUCAUAAGUGAAAUAUUGUUCCUCAUAUCAGCAUUUAUAGAGUGCCUGAUUGUUCAAUCGGAUCACUUGCUCAGAAGUAUUUGUACCAACAUAAAUGAACAUCUUGCUCAACAUGGCUAUUGCAAAGAUACAACAAAAAUACAGAAACAAAAACUUCUAGCAAUAUGAUUUACUGCAACAACAGGUAAGAUGUCCCAUUUGCUCCACAUUUCCAUGUUUACAAGUUUGCCUUUAUAGUAAAUCAAUAACAGAUCAUCCAUUUACACAAGACUGCAAAGCAGACACGCAGUCAAAGACUGUUUACAACAUCCCCCGUUAAGAUAAAUCCAGUGCUAUCUUAUCAUGUCAUGCCCUUAUCUAAAUUAAUGUUAUCUCUAAACCGCAAGGUAAGCCUGGAACCUUUGGACCUCAUGAUUGCAUGAAUCUCUAGAGUACUGAUUUCAAAACUUUAGCCUGAGAAUUUAAAUGGGACAAAUAUAAAAGCCCCUGUGAGUAGUUUUUGGAUAGUUAUGAAACCAACUGAGAUUUAUUGUGAGGCCUCUUUAUGACCUACAAAAUAAAUAAGACUGUAUGCAAAUAAGAUUUACAAAAAAGAUUUUAAGUGUCAUUUUUAACACCUGAAACCUCUAGGGUUGGGUAUCAGAUGUGGCAACGUGAAUGCCUUUUUUGGGGCUAGUGACACUUUUGUCAGUUAGAAGAAAUCAGGAUGAUAUUUUUGUCUUUCACAUGUGCAGAAGAAGCUCAACAAAGAGAUAAGAGGAAUCUUUAGGGCCCUAACACUUACAUAAAAGUUCUUCACAGGAGCUUCAACAGUAUGAUGAUUUGAGGUUUGUUGUAACAGUUAUAGUCAUGACACAAUAUUUGUAGCCACUGUAACCCAGCUAUUUGGGCUACAGUGGCUAAGCACAUAAUUUCAACUUCAAUUUGCUCAAUAUUAGCCAUCAUAAUUUUAAACAACAAUUGAGUUAAAGGGAUAGUUGAUUUUUGUCAGACUGUGUUGGUAUGAGUACAUACCAAUAGUGGGUUAGACAAUUUCAUGUAUGACUGACUAUUUUUUUUAAGUGUCCUAUGUGUGUAGAUCAGACCAUAACAAAACUCUGUAGAUGCACUCAUUAAUUUUAGAGUCUUUGACUGGUUGAGAUCAUUAAUCAAUGUAAAAUCAUUCUAUUAGCGGUGGUGCUUCCUGUAUUAAACUCUUAAGCUUGUGUGAACAGUACAACCAACUAUGCUCACUUAUUAGGGUCACAGGAAAUGAUAUAAUAGCUGAACUGCCUUUUUAUUUAUCCACAGAUGAGAUUUAGAGUCCAACAUAGUCUUGGAUAACGCCCAACAUAUGCAGUCAAAAAUCAAGAGUGGCGUUGAGAAUUUUCCUGGACACCUCAGACUUAAUGAGUCUGCAUUGCAAGCCGUGUCAUAUUGACCUUGCAUGAAACACUUUCCUUGAUCAUUAACCUUUUUCACACCAUGCACAAGGAGAAAAAAAAGUGGAAACAGAUAACAGUCUACCACUUAUCACCUCAUUUGCUUAGACUGUUCUCAGCAGCAGUUUUGUGAUGCUAGGAGGGCAGAGGGAUAAGCCUGAUAAAGGAAAUGGUGAUAAGAGAAAUGUGCAGCUACAGGCAACAUGUUUGAAGGCUGCACAGCAUAUCAGCUAUUGGCGAAAAUAAAUAUGAGAAGUGUUUCAUUAGGUCUGUCAUAAGUCUGCUCUGAGCUGUGUAGUGCAAAACCGCAUUCUUUCUUAAAACCGGGUUUGUUAACACUGAUUUUAUGCAACCUACCAGAGAGAGGAAGAGGAAAUAACAGUUUCCAUACUUGGCAAUAUUAAAAAUCCUCGCAGAUACUGUCAGAGAUACAGAAACAGAGACAUCCACAGUACUGUGCUGUACAUUGUUCACCAAGGCCAAACAAAGAUUUAGCAACUGUUCAAGUGAAUAAAAUCUGAGAGCUGUUUUAACUCUUACAUCCAUGAUGAAACCUUGUUCUGUAAAUUAAAAGCCACUUCUUUUGUAAUCCCAGCACCCAAGAACUUUACAAAACAGCACAUUGAAACAUGUUUGCAAACCUACUGAAGCAAUAGAGACCACACAAUAAGCAAGAUACUUAUUUCUUUACACAUUUAAGGACUAAGUGUGGGAGUGUUAACGUGACCAGAGACCAUGGAGAUGAUCUUUGCGCCGCUGCUGCUGCUGCUCUUUGUCCUGAAUGGUAAGUUAUGAGAAAGAGGAAUGAAAACCUACAUUUACUCUAAAAGAUUUUUCUGUUUAAAGCUGAGAAAAUUAUAAAUAGGUACUUUGUGUUCUAGGGGUGGAUGGCACAGAAAUUGUUGGAGGCCAAGAUGCUGCACCCCACUCUCGGCCCUACAUGGCAUCGCUGCAAGUCAGAGGUCGGCACUUCUGUGGAGGCGUCCUGGUGAAAGAGGACUUUGUGCUAACAGCAGCACACUGCUUGCUAGACAUGUAAGAAUGAAAAAUAGACCCAUUUUUCAUUGCAUUUUUUUAAGUGUCAAGAAUUGCUCCAUAAACUACAGCAGACACAAUGAGAGAAGAUUCUUUGACACAUAAUGAACAACAUCCUUGCUACAUCCUCAAAAAAAUCUGAAUUUCAUUUCCAAAUAAUACAAUAAUGAUCUAUACUUGCAUAAUACAUUUUACACAAACACCAGCUAUUAUCAUAUUUUAUUUCAUAUGAACAUUCAAAAUUAGUCACAUUUACAUUCAAUCUCAGGGAUAAUUCUAAAGUUAGUAGCGUUAUUAAAGGACGCUCUCUGCAGCAAAGAUGGACUGUUCACUUGCUCAUUUCAGCAGGGUUGUGGUUGCACUGUUUUGAUAUGCAUGAAAGAAACAAUUUUUCAUUGUUUGCAAGUGAGCUACACUGAUUUUGUAAAUUCUUCUUAAGUUGUUGCCAACUGAAAUUCAAAUCCAAAUCUCUUUGCCAGCUUUAAACAAGAUGACCAACAUUAAGAAUAAAAUGAGGGAUAGGAGGGUUUAUGUAGAAAUUAAAAAAAAAGAAAAAAACAAACUUCCUCCACCUGUAGAACAAAAAUCAACAACGAGAUUACAGGUACUGGCUUGUCCGCAGAGGACACCAAUGGCAACACAGAGCUAAGGUUUCUCAUAAGAGAACUAUUAUAAUGUCAACACUUCACAUCAUCCACUUAUCGUUUGAUCUAGACCAAUGACAGUCGUGCUUGGAAUUGAUUCUCUGUCUGCCAAUGAGUCUACAAAGCAAGAGUUCCCAGUGAUCAGAUCCAUUCCACAUCCCAACUAUGACGGACAUGAAAAUGACAUCAUGCUCCUGAAGGUGAGGAUUAUGUAAACUGGAGACAGGCUGAUAUUCACUGAACGUUUUCCCCAUUAUCUAUUACUUGGCAAUGUUGUUUGUACUUUUCACCAUUUCCACGAAUUUCCUUCCGCAGCUCAGCAGAAAUGCCAGCCUGGGUGAAGCAGUGCAGCUUAUCCCUCCAAAAAGAGGCAGGCUGAACCAGUGCACAACAGCUGGCUGGGGGGAUAUAGGAGAUAACAACACUUUAGCUAGCAGGCUGCAGGAGGUCAAUGUAACACUUGUGUCUCUGAGGAACUGUCGGAGGAGAUGGGGAGAUGUUCCCAUCACCAGGUCCAUGGUUUGUGGCACCGGGUCUCGUGCCUUUCAGGGCUUCUGCUCUGUAAGUUUAAAAAAACACAGUUUGAUCAGACACCCACACUGACACCCACACUGACAUUUAAAGACGGCUAUAAUGUGUUGACAAGACAUUUUACAUUUUAGUUUUUAAUCAAAGUGAAUAUUACAAGAAUCUAAAAUAAGCAAGCCAGAUUUUCAAAAUGGCAUAUUCUGUUACCUUGUUUUCGAUGUGUAGAGAAAAACUCAUAUUGAGCAUCUUAAGAUACAUCACGGAGGAUGUUUUACACCCAAUAAACAUCUUUUGAAUGUUUUCCUGUUGUAGGGGGAUUCUGGUGGUCCAUUGGUUUGUGGUGGAGCUGCAGCAGGUGUUGUGUCUUUCUCUGGCCGCCGAUGUGGGGACCCCAGAAGCCCUGAUGUCUACACACGCGUAUCGUCGUUUAGGGGAUGGAUAAGAAACGUAAUGCGCAGAAAUUAG